UCUGCGUUUGGCCAAUUCUCUGGAUGGGCUGCCUGUCGCAGGAAGGCAUCGGCUUCACCCUACCCAAAGGAGUGCAGACGACCCUGGGCGACCCCGUGACUCUAGCGGCAUCCUACUCCACAAACUACGCCGUCAUCUCCGUGACGUGGUACAAGGUCCACGCGAGUGAGACGUCAUCAGAUAAAAGAACUACCGUAUUCUCCUAUGUCCCUUUGGCAAAUAUCAAGAAAGCCUAUGGAGACUACAUAGACAGGGCCCAACUGGUCGGGAUGGCUUCUCUGCGGAUAGACCCAACACGACUGGAGGAUGAGGGGACUUAUUCACUCUCCAUCAUGACGGACCAACUUGGAAAUGAAGAAAAGUUCAUCCGUUUAGAUUUGUUUGAUCCAGCGUCCAUCAUCAGUAUUUCAAACCUGGCUGAGGUGAGCGUGGAGAACCACGUGACGUUUCAGUGCGUCGCUGACGGAAACCCGCCACCAAACAUCACGUGGUCCAGGGGAGGGCGACUUCUGCCGUCAAACAUCUACUCCCUGUCACGUGACGUGCGCACCAGCUCCCUGGUUCUGAAUGACGUCAAUGUGAACGACAGUGGGAUCUAUACCUGCAGUGCAAGCAACGGCGUGGGCAAGAUAGGGAGACGGACAACACAAUUAGUUGUCUUAGGUAUGGCAGAACAUCUAACCUUCUCCACAGUGGCUACGGUGAUCGGGUCGUCGGCGGCCGUCCUUUGGUUGAUCAUCUGCGUCUCCCUGGUGAUGUUCCUCGUUAAGCGCCACCGCAGACAGGGAGAAGAAAGGAAGAAAUUCUCCUCACUGUACAACAUCGGUCUGGCGGGGACGACGUCGCCCAGUGAAGCAGACGAGAAGAAAACAAACGAGUGUAAAGAAACCCCGGGUAGGUCUACGUUAUUGACGGACACCACAAAGACGAGAUGUGCGAAGGUCCUUUACGACUACAAACCACGAGAGGACAAUGAGCUGAGGCUUGAAAUCGGAGACAUUGUUGAGAUUCUAGAAGGAGAAGAAGGAACCUGGUGCCUGGGGUACCUCAGAGGCCGGAUGGGGCUUUUCCCUUCAAACUAUGUGUGCUUCGUCCCUAUAAAUGAGGUAUCCCCGACAACGUCACUUUACAUCCAUUGUAUCUCAGAAGACAAUGGCAAAUCAGUAAAGGACCACCUAUAGUUUCGCGUUUGCUAGGAGCGUCUUUUGCAGACUUUCCCACGAGACAAGUGCAGUGAUCCACGGGCUUCAACAGACUUCGAUCGUUUGGGGCCUGUCAUACAAGUACACAUGAACGUACCGAUGGCAGCAUGUUUAAAUGAUGGCGAAGUUGUGAUGUAUAUUCUGAACGUUUUGCCGUAUUCAUUUCUACAGAUUUUAUUUUUGUCAAGGGUCAUUUUUCUAGGAGUUUACAUGGAAGAUAUACCAGUGAAAGUUCGAUCUCCAUACUUCACAAGCAAUAUAUUUAAUGAGA